ACUCAUUAUUCUCUCAGCUGCAUUAUUAUUGGUAUGUUUUGAAGUGAAUGAAGUGAUUGCAGGAAAAAAGAAUAGUGCAGAAUUCUUUUUCUUCCAUUCUGAGAGCUCUCUUUGAAGCUUUCUUUGGAGUCUCUGGUUGCUUUAGGUUGCCCUCAUACUGUGGUCAGUGUUGCUCGGUGUAACAAUUUGGAACCGUGGCAAGCAAAGGCAAUAAUAGCAACUUAAGGUCAUCCAAUUCAAUAACAGAGAGAGGUCGGAGAUGUGAUCGCAGCAAGACCGUUUUCAAAUCUAACUGAACAAAACAUUCUUUCGGAGAUGUAGUUGAGGAGGGUACCAGAAAAAGAAGUUCAAAGUAUGGAUACUGUGUUGAAAAUAUUUGAUCCAGUAAUUGAGUUUGUGCGGGAUCAUGGUAUUAAUCAGUUGACCUACAUUUUUUGUUACACGAAAAAUUUUAAGGAACUAAAUAAGAGAGUUAAGCGCCUUGGAGAAGAAAAAGAGAGGUUAGAUCGUCAACGUGAUGAAGCUAAAAGAAAGGGUGACAUUGUUGAAGAUAGGGUUGAAGAAUGGUUUGAGGAAGUGGGUGAAUUUGAGAUUAGGGUUGAGAAGUACAUGAAUAAUGCAGGUCACAAGAAGACAAGGGGUUUAUAUUAUUUAUUUCCUUACUAUAGACACAAACUGGGCAGACAAGCAAAGAAGAUGGAACCGGAGGCUUUGAGGCUAAAAGAUGAGUGCCCUAAGGAUGACCAAGUUUCCCAUGCAGAGAAUGUAACAUCUUUUGAUCUCACUUCGUCUUAUUCUGGCUACAUUGAAUUUGAUAGUAGAAAAUCCAUUAUGCAAGACAUAAUGAGAAAACUUAAAGAUCCCAAUAUGAAAAUUAUUGGACUCCAUGGAGCACAAGGGAUGGGUAAGAGCACUUUAAUAAAAAAAUUGCUAAUAAAGCUAAAGAUGAGGGGUUGUUUGAUAGGGUGGCUGAAAUAGAUGUAACUGUAAAUCCCAAUCCACUCACAAUUCAAGCAGAUAUUGCACACGUGUUAGGAUUGCCAUUAGUAGGAGAAAGUGAGAAUGUAAGAGCUGAUUAUCUAAGGAGAUGGUUAAAGACAGAAAAUGUGAGCAUCCUUAUAAUCUUGGAUAACCUUCAUGAAAGAUUAGACUUGAAUAGGUUAGGGAUUCCGGUUGAUCUUGAUUAUGAUUUAAGAAAGAAGAAUGAGUUAAGCAUAAUGUCAAGUAACCAGGGUACUAACCCAAAUCCUGACUCCAAAAAGGAAACUGCAGGAGGCAAACAGGAUACUAGCGGCGGCACACAGGGUACUGGGACAAAAGUUCUAAAAAAAGGAAAUUUUCUUGGUGAUUAUAAGGGAUGCAAAGUUUUGCUUUCUUCACGUGAUAAGAAAGUAUUUCGUGAUGAGGUUGAUGUUGAGUCAAAUUUUUGUUUAAAGGAAUUAGAUGGCAAUGAUGCCUUGAUGUUGUUUGAGAAGGUGAUUGGAGGAGGUAAUAAAAUGUCUAUGCCUAAAGAAGAAAUCCAGAACUAUUGUACAGGAUUGCCCAUGAGAAUAGUUACAUUUGGAGUGGCAUUUAAAAACUGGAUUGAGUCAGAAAGCAAACCUACACUGGACAAAUUUAAAAAGCAAGGUCUGGUUGAAUGGCAAAAGUCUUCGGAGACUCCUAAUAAGAAAAAAUAUGACCUUCCAAAAAAUAAGGAACUCAAGUUCAUUUACUUGCUUUGUGCUCAAAUGGGUCACCUACCCCUGGUUAAUGACUUGGUCAAAUAUUGCUUUGGAUUAGGUAUAUUUGAAGGGGUCUCUUCCCUUAGUGCAGCUCGUGAAAAAAUAAAUGAAUCGAUCCAAGAGCUCAAAAACUUGAGUUUGGUGUCGUACGAAAAUCCUAAUAUCCAUUUCCAUAUGUCUCAUAUGGUUCGAGAUGAUGCUUUAAGUAAUGCACUCAUGGAUCACAAUGUUUUUGCUUUUAGAGAUGGAAAACUAGAUUAUUGGCCAGAUCUUGAAAAAUGCAUUUCUAUUUCUAUAUGCAAUAGUUACAUUACAGAUGGGUUUCCUCAAGUCAUAAAUUGUCCUCAACUUCAAUUUUUGCAAAUAGAAACUAAUGAUCCGUCUUUGAAAAUACCUGAGAGAUUUUUUAGCUGCAUGAAAAACUUGUUAGUUUUAAUAUUGACUGGUUUUCAUCUAUCAAGCUUACCAUAUUCAAUUGGAGACCUAUUGAACCUCAGAAUGCUUUGUUUGGAGCGGUGCAUUUUGGAUUGCAAUUUAUCCGUGCUGAGAAAGUUUAAAAAAUUAAGAAUUCUCAGUUUCUCUGGAUCUCAACUUAAAAAUUUGCCAAAUGAGUUACGAUACUUGGAUAAGUUGCGUAUGCUAGACAUCAGCGAUUGUUUCAAACUGAAGAUUAUUCCAUUUGAUCUUUUUUCUAAUUUGACGUGUUUGGAAGAGUUGUAUAUAAGAAAAAGCUUGAUCAAAAUGUUGGUGGAAAAAGGGGAAAACAAAGGUCAUAAUUCAUUUCUUUCUGAGCUAAAGAAUUUACAUCAAUUGAAAGUGGUGGACUUAAGCAUCCCAUGUGUUUCAAUUUUGCCCAGUCACUUAUUCUUUGACAGGUUAAAAGAUUACAAGAUUGAAAUUGGGGACCUUGAAAUGUUUUCUGUUGGAGAAUUUAGGAUGCCCAAUAAAUAUGAAGAACUCAAAGUAUUGACGUUGCAGCUAAAGGACGACACUGAUAUUCACUCCCAUCAAGGCAUAAAAUUGUUGUUUAAAACAGCACAAAGUUUGUUCUUGGGAAAGAUAUGUGUUCAAAAUGUUGUUAACGAGUUGAAUAUAGACGGAUUUCAAAAUUUGAAACACUUAUCCAUCAUAAAUAACAAUGAUGUUGAAUAUGUCAAUUCAACAGAUUUGUCUAAUUGUGUGAACAUUUUUUCCAAUUUGGAAUCUCUAUGCCUCUACAACAUGAUGAAGUUAAAGAUGAUAUGUCACGGUCCAAUUACAAUCGAAUCAUUUGCCAAAUUAAAAACCAUCAAAGUUGAGAUGUGUUGCCAAUUGGAAAAUCUUUUCUCCUUCGACGCAAUUAAAAUUUCUGCUAGCACAGGAACAAGUGAGAUUUUUAAAUGUAAUUCUAACAUGAAGAAAUUUCUAGCUAGUUUAGAAAUGAUUGAGGUUUGUGAAUGUGGAUCUUUAAAGGAGAUCCUUCAAAUACCACUAGAUUGUGGUGAGGUUUGUGAAUGUGAAUCUUUAAAGCAGAUCCUUCAAAUACCACAGGAUUAUGGUAAGGUUGAGUUUCUCAAAUUACGAACUUUGACACUCCAAUCAUUACCAUCAUUUACUUGUUUUUAUACCAAAGUGGAGAGAUCUUGCUGGCCACAUUCGACAGAGGCUCAAACUACAAAUAGGGGUCACACAAAAAUUUCUACUGAACAAGGUGGCCACAAUGACAAUGCGCCUCCUCUUUUUGGUGAACUAGUUGAAGUUCCAAACUUAGAGAACUUGAAUUUAUCCUCACUCAACAUCCAUAAGAUAUGGAGCGAUCAAUACUUGUCAAGUUUCUACUUUCAAAACUUGAUAAAGUUAGUUGUGAAAGAUUGUGAUAAAUUGACACAUCUAUGUUCAUUACCUAUGGCUAGCAGUUUGAAGAAGUUGAAAAGCCUUGUCAUAAGUGGGUGUCUUAAAAUGGAACAGAUUUUUGAGAUUGAAGGAAGUAGUGAAAACAAGGUUUGUGUCUUUCCUAAGCUGGAGGAAAUCCACCUUAACAAAAUGAAGAGGUUAACAGAUAUGUGGCAAACUGAAGUGGGUAUUGAUUCCUUUUCUAGUCUCAUUUCCGUAAGGAUUGAAGAAUGCGAUCAAUUGGACAAGAUUUUUCCGAGUCACAUGGAAGGAUGGUUUGAAAGCUUGAUUAACUUGCAAAUUUCUAAGUGCAAAUCUGUGAAAGAGAUUUUUGAAAUCAAUGAUUCUCAAGAAAUAGAUGCAUCUGGUGGGAUAGACACAAAUUUGCAAGUUAUUCUUCUAGAAGGACUCCCAAAGUUGAAGGAAUUGUGGAGCAAAGAUCCAGAUGGAAUUCUCAACUUUAAAAAACUUCGGACUAUAGAUGUAAGUUAUUGUGAUGAACUGAGGAAUUUGUUUCCGGCUUCUGUGGCAAAAGAUGUAUCAAAGCUUGAACGCAUGUCAGUAUUGCGUUGUAAGAGGAUGGUGGAAAUUGUUUCAAAUAAAGAUACAUCAGAAGCUAACAAUGAUCCAUUAGAGUUUCCUGAACUAACAUUUGUGAGAUUGUACGCACUUCCAAACAUGAAGCAAUUCUACAAGGGGAGACAUCCAAUAAAGUGUUCAAAGUUGAAGGAAUUGAGUAUGGGCAAGUGUAUGAAGCUUAAAACAUUUCUACAAGAAACAAGUGAUGAAAAGUUUGUUUUCUCGAGUGAAGCGGUGUUCCCCAAGUUGGAGUACAUGGAAAUUGACUUCGAGGAAGCUCAAAAUUGGUUAUCCAACUACAAAAUGCUGAAACUAAAAGAGCUUAUUAUCUUGAAUUCAGUCCACCGCCCAGAUCUUUUGUACCCGUUUUUGUACAAAAUGCCAAAUCUAGAAAAGUUAAAAUUGACUUCUUCUUAUUCUGAAUCCUUAGAGACACUGCGAAGUACAAACAACGGGCAGCAGGACAGAUUGGGAGUUGUAUUACAAUUGAAGCAAUUGUUUAUUUGUUCCUCAGAUAUAAGUGAUCUAGGAUUUGAACGAGACCAAGUUCUAGAGAGGCUGGAGCUUUUGAGAUUAAAAGGUUGCUACAAUUUGAGCAAUUUAGGUCCUUCUUCUGUAUCAUUGAGUUACUUGACAAGUUUGAAACUGAAGAGAUGUCAUAGAUUAAAGGAUUUAGUGGCAUCCUCCACGGCCAAAACCAUGGUUCAACUUAAGACCAUGAAGGUAAUCAACUGUCGUCAAGUAGAGCAAAUAGUAAGCAACCACAGAAGUGAAGAAGGCAAAAGGAUCAAAAUUGUAUUCAGCAAAUUGAUUUCUAUAGAACUUGUCGGGCUAAUGAACAUGACAAGUUUUUGCGGUUACAAGAACUGUGAAUUCGAAUUCCCAUUACUGGAAAAAUUGAUUGUAAGAAAAUGUCCGAAGAUGAAGAAAUUCAGUGAGAGAGAGUCAAUAGCACCAAAGUUAAAAGAUAUAUUUUGUGUGGAGGGAGAUAAAAAGGCCAAAUGGCAGUGGGAAGGUGACUUGAAUGCCACCAUACAAAAGAUUUUCGAUGAUAAGCUCAGUUUCGCAUAUACUGAGGAUCUGCGGCUUUCCGAUGAUACUAUGGAGCAACUAUGGCAAGCCAGUCGUUGGGUGCACCAAAACAGCUUUGGAUAUUUGAAAAGCUUGAGUUUCUGGGGAUGUCAUACUGUAGUGGAUGUAAUUCCAUCUCAUUUGCUUUCUUUCUUUCACAAUUUGGAUGAGUUAUCAGUAUUCAGUUGUAGAGCAGCAGAGGUGAUAUUUAAUAUGAAUGAUGAGAACAGGAUCAUGACAAAAGCUUCCCCAAUAUUCCGUCUGAAAACACUGUCUUUAAGUAAUCUACCAAAACUGGAGCAUAUAUGGGAGAAGGAUCCGGAGGGAAUUAUGGGCCUUCAAGCGCUAGAGAUAAUGUAUGUUUAUGGUUGUGGGCGUCUUAAAAGUUUGUUUCCAGCAUCCUUGGCCACCACAGAUCUCACCAGACUUGAAGUGCUUGAGGUAAGAGAUUGUGAGGAAUUGAGAGAGAUAUUUGGGAAGGAUGAAAAAGUUGGAGAAGGAACAACACAACACUCUGCAUUUCCUCCUCUCACCACAUUGACACUGGAUCAAUUGCCACGCCUCACUAUCCACUGCUCCAAACAACAGGAGAGUACAUCAAAUUUGAGUGAGGGAGAUAUACAAGAGAUAUGUCUUGGCUCACGGUCCAUUCCAAACUCCUACUUCUAUCUCUUAGAAUCUCUAACUCUGGAUGGUUGCGAGUUUUUAACCGAUGUACUGCUACCAUUCAAUUUGCUUCCUUUCUUAACUAAUUUGGAAACGUUGGAAGUUCGAAACUUUGAUUCUGUCAAAAUCAUCUUUGAUGUCAAAUGUACAACACAAGAGAGAGAGAUGGCAUCUAUGGGACAAACCCUCCCUUUUUCUCUGAAGAAAUUGGUCGUAUCCAAGCUGCCAAAUCUAGAGAAUGUUUGGAAUGAAAACCCUUACGGAAUUCUAACCUUACACCACCUACAAGAAUUACAUGUUGAGGAAUGUAAAGGUCUUACAAGUGUGUUUCCACCAUCAGUAGCCAAAGAUGUUGUAGAACUUGAAAAUCAAGUAGUGGAAGAUGUACUGCUUCCUUUUAGUUUGCUUUCUUUUUCAACUAAUUUGGAAACGUUAGAAGUUCGAAAGUGUGAUUCUGUCAAAACCAUUUUUGAUGUCAAAUGUACAACACAAGGCAGGGAUGUGACAUAUAUGGGACAAACCCUUCCUUUUUCUCUUAAGAAAUUGAUAGUAUCAAAGCUGCCAAAUCUGAAGAAUGUUUGGAAUGAAGAUCCUCAAGUAAUUCUUAGCAUGCACCAUUUACAAGAAGUUUGUGUUGAGGAAUGUGAAGGCCUUACAAGUGUGUUUCCAGCAUCAAAAGACAAAUAUCUUCUUAAAAAUCUAGUGGUGAAAGACUGUAAAGGAUUGAUGAUUAUUUUUGCAGAGGAUAAUAUAGAUCCAAGAACAAAGCUAGAGCUUACAUGUCCCUUUGUGAGAUCAUUGGAACUUGAGGGUUUGCCCAACUUCAAGUAUUUUUACUACAGCUCACUGUAUUGUGACAUUUUUACAGAUCUAGAAUCACAUACCGAGAAUAAAGUCGGUAGUGAAAAGUUAUUAAAGUGCUUGUCAUUGGGGGAAAAAGGAGUAAAUAUGAUUUUGCAAGGAGAAUUUCAGCCAAACCUCCUAGACAACAUAAAAGCACUUACUCUGUGCUUGGGUUCGGAUUUAUUUAGAUAUGGAAUACUAGAACGGUUUCCAAAUAUAGAGAAACUUGUGGUGUGUGAUGGUUCCUUCAAGGAGAUGUUCUGUUGUGAAAGUGGUAAUAAUGUGUUACAUCAGCUGAAAGUAUUACGGUUGGAGUCCCUUGAAGAGCUGGUUUCCAUUGGACCAGAGAACUCUUGGACUGAUUCCUUUGUCAGAAACUUAGAAACCUUUAAAGUCAUUAAAUGUGGGAGUUUAAAAAGCUUGGUAGCAUGCACAGUGUCUUUCUCCAAUCUGAUAUGUUUGAAAGUAGAAGGUUGUCAUAGCUUAUCAUAUUUGUUGACAUCCUCAACAGCCAAGAGUUUGGGUCAACUGAAAAGAAUGGAGAUAAAAAAUUGUGAUUCAAUUGAAGAGAUAGUGUGUAAGGAGGAAUCAGAUGAGGAUGAGAUAAUAUUUCCUCAGCUCAGUUGUUUAAAUCUUGAAUGGUUAUUUAAGCUGAAAAGGUUCUACAGAGGGCGUUUAAGUCUCCCAUCCUUGGAGGAACUGUCAGUAAAAUAUUGUAAAGAGAUGAUAACUUUUUGUGUAGGAAGUGUAGACGCAGGCAAGUUGUCUCAAGUAACAAUUGAUUCCCGAGAGGUUAUUCCAUUGGAAACCGAUCUCAACUCAAUUAUGUGGAAGAAAUAUCUGAGAAAGAUAUCACGGCUUGAUCUCGACAGAAGUAAACCAGAACUACAAGAGAUAUGGCGUGGCUCACUGCCUAUACCCAACUUCUGUUUCAGAGAGUUGGUCACAUUGAAGGUGAAUGGUUGUCCGUUUUUAUCGGAUGCAGUGCUACCCUUCCAUUUAUUUUCCCUAUUAUCCAAAUUGGAAACAUUGGAAGUUCGAAACUGUGAUUCUGUCAAAGUCAUUUUUGAUGUUGUCAAAUGUUCAACACAACACACUUUAAUUACUUUUCCUGUGAAGAAUUUGGUUUUAUCGAACCUGCCAGAGCUGGAAGCUGUUUGGAACGAAGAUCCUCCUCAUGGAAUUUUAUGCAUGCAACAUCUAAAAGAAGUACAUGUUAAUGAAUGUGAAAGGCUUACAAGCGUGUUUCCAGCAUAUGUAGCCAAAGAUCUUGAACUUGAAGAACUAGUAAUUGAAGAGUGUGAGAGAUUGGUGGCAAUUGUUGCAGAGGAUAAUACAGAUUCAAGUCUAGAGCUUACGCUUCCCUGUCCCUAUGUCAAAUCAUUGAAAUUACGUGGUUUGCAAAAGUUCAACUACUUUUAUUGCUGCUCACUCAAUACGCAUCUGGAAUCUCCUACCCAAGAUCAACUCCCUAAUGAGAAGAUAUCACGGCUUGAUCUCAACAGUAGUAAACCAGAACUACGAGAGAUAUGGAGUGGCUCACUGUCUAUAUCCAACUUCUGUUUCAGUAAGUUGGCCACAUUGAUUGUAGAGGACUGUCCCUUUUUAUCAGAUGCAGUAAUACCUUUCCAUUUAUUUCCCCUAUUAUCCAAAUUGGAAACAUUGGAAGUUCGAAACUGUGAUUCUGUCAAAGUCAUAUUUGAUGAUGUCAAAUGUUCAACACAACACACUUUAAUUACUUCUCCUAUGGAAGCUGUUUGGAACGCAGAUCCUCCUCAUGGAAUUUUAUGCAUGCAACAUCUAAAAAAAGUACAUGUUACGAGAUGUAAAAGGCUUACAAGCGUGUUUCCAGCAUCUGUAGCCAAAGAUCUUGAACUUGAAGAACUAGUAAUUGAAGAGUGUGAGAGAUUGGUGGCAAUUGUUGCAGAGGAUAAUACAGAUUCAAGUCUAGAGCUUACGCUUCCCUGUCCCUAUGUCAAAUCAUUGAAAUUACGUGGUUUGCAAAAGUUCAACUACUUUUAUUACUGCUCACUCAAUAAGCAUCUGGAAUCUCCUACCCAAGAUCAACUCCCUCAUGAGAAGUUACAGUGCUUGUCAUUAGGGGAAAAUGGAAUGAAGAUGAUUUUGCGAGGAGAAUUGGAGAGAAACCUCUUGGGUAGUUUAAAAGCUCUUACUCUCUGCUUUGGUUCAGAUGUAUUUGGAUAUGAAAUUCUAGAAGAGUUUCCGAACAUAGAGAAACUUGUGGUGUGCGAUGGUUCCUUAAAGGAGAUGUUCUGUUGUGAAAGUGGUAAUAAUGUGUUACAGCAGCUGAAAGUAUUACGGUUGGAGUCCCUUGAAGAGCUGGUUUCCAUUGGACCAGGGAACUCUUGGACUGAUUCCUUUGUCAGAAACUUAGAAAGCUUUGAAGUCAUUAAAUGUGGGAGUUUAAAAAGCUUGGUAGCAAUGAAAAAAGGAGUGUCUUUCUCCAAUCUGAUAUGUUUGAUAGUAGAAGGUUGUGAUAGCUUAUCAUAUUUGUUCACAUCCUCAACAGCCAAGAGUUUGGGUCAACUGAAAAGAAUGGAGAUAAAAAGGUGUGGAUCAAUUGAAGAGAUAGUGUGUAAGGAGGAAUCAGAUGAGGAUGAGAUAAUAUUUCCGAAACUCAGUUGUUUAAAUCUUGAAUGGUUAUCUAAGCUCAAGAGCUUCUGUAAAGGGAGUUUAAGUUUUCCAUCCUUGAAGGAACUGACAGUAUACUAUUGUAGAGAGAUGAUAACUUUAUGUGUGGGUACAGUGAAAGCAGACAAGUUGUCUCAAGUUACACUGGACUCAAAGGCUAUUCAAUUGGAAAUUGAUCUGAACUCUACUAUCCGGAAGAGAUUUCUGAAAGAGAAUACACAAAGGAGAUCGCAAAAGUGUCUUGAGUUCAAAGAUAGGGCCGACCUACAAGAGAUAUGGAGUGUCUCACUGAAAAUGCAUGACUUUUGUUUCACUUACUUGGAAACCUUGAUUGUGGACGGGUGCCAACUUUUAUCAUGUGUAAUCCCCUUCGCUGUGCUUCCUUUGUUACCUCAAUUGCAAACGUUGCAAGUUCGAAACUGUCAUUCUCUCAAAACCAUAUUUGAUGUCAAAUGUACAACACAAGACACAUCAAUUACUUUUCCUCUGAAGACAUUAGUUUUAUGGAAGCUGCCAAAUCUGGAAACCCUUUGGAACGAAGAUACAGAUGGAAAUCCAGGUCAUCCAGAAGGAACCAAUCCCAACCUUACGUUCCCCACUCUGACGUCAUUGACGCUAUGGGAUUUGCCCAACUUCAACCAUAAUAUUCAUGAUGCAACACCAACAUCUGAGCUAAUUACACCCAACUUACAGCAUCUGUUAGUGGGUGAAAAUGAAUUGAAGAUGAUUGUGGAUGGAGAAUUACAGAAAAACCUUUUAAGCGAGUUAAAAGUUCUCGGCCUAUGCUUUGAUAUUGAAUGUGAUGAAUUUCCGGAGUAUGGAUUUCUAAAACAGUUGCCAAAUGUAAAGAAGCUUAUGGUGUGGAGUAGUUCCUUCAAGCUAAUUUUCUGCAAUCAAAGACCUAAUAAUAGUGAACUUCUAUUACAGCUCAAACAAUUACGGUUGGAGUCCCUUGGAGAGCUAGUUUCCAUCGGAUUAGAGAACUCAUGGACUGAGCCCUUUGUCAGAAAUCUAAAAACUUUUGAAGUGAUUAGUUGUUCCAGUUUGGAAAACUUGGUAACAUGCACAGUGUCUUUCUCAAAUCUGAUAUGUUUAAAAGUAAAAAAUUGUGAUAGCUUGUCAUAUUUGUUCACAUCCUCAACCGCCAAAAGUUUGGGUCAACUGAAAAGAAUAGAGAUAGAAAAUUGUAAAUCAAUUGAAGAGAUAGUGUGUGGGGAGGAAUCAGAUGAUGAGGAGGAUGAGAUAAUAUUUCCACAGCUCAGUUGGUUGAAACUUUAUAGGUUGUCGAAUCUGCGAAGGUUGUACAGAGGGAGUUUAAGUUUCCCAUUGUUGGAAAAAUUAUCAGUAACACAUUGCAAUGAUAUGGUAACUUUAUGUCCAAGUACGCUAAAAGCAGACAAGUUGACUCAAGUGAGAAUUGAAUACGGAAAAGUUAUUUCACUGGACACUGAUCUCAACUCUACUACGCGGAAGGAAUUUGGGAGAAAGAUUUCAGAACUUAAAAAACUUGAACUCAAAAGUAGACCAAAACUACCAGAGAUAUGGCAUGACCCACUAUAUAUCCCAGACUUAUGUUUCAGUGAGUUGGUCACCUUGAUUGUGAAAAAUUGUCAGUUUUUAUCAGAUGCAGUCCUACCCUUCCAUUUACUUCCUUUAUUACCAAAAUUGAAGACAUUGGAAGUUGGAAAGUGUGAUUCUGUGAAAACUAUAUUUGAUCUCAAACGUACGACAAAGGACACAUUAGUUACUCUUCCUCUUCCUCUGAAGAAAUUGAGUUUAUCCAACUUAUCAAACCUGGAGAAUAUUUGGAGUGAAGAUCCUCAUGGGAUUCUAAUCAUGCAUCAUCUAAAACAAGUACAUGUCAAGGAAUGUAAAGGACUUACAAGUGUGUUUCCAGCUUCAGUGGCCAAAGAUCUAAUCGUGGACGACUGUGAGGGAUUGAAGGCAAUUGUUGCAGAUGAAUCCAAGGAGGAUGAGAUAAUAUUUCCACAACUCAUGUAUUUGGAGGUAGAAAGUUGCAUUAGCCUGCCCUAUUUGUUCACAUCUUCAACGGCAAAAAGUUUGGGUGAACUAAAAAGUAUGAAGAUAAAAGAAUGUAAAUCAAUUGAAGAGAUAAUAUCAAAGGAGGGGGAGGAAUCUGAUGAGAAGGUAGAAAUAAAAUUUGAGCAGCUCCAACAUUUGUAUCUUGAAAAAUUAGAUGAGCUAAGGUGCUUUUACGAUGGCAAUUUUACUUUAAAUUUUCCAUCCUUGGAGGAAGUCCACGUCAUCAAGUGCAGCUCCAUGAAAACUUUCAGUGCAUCCAACAAAAUAGAUAAUUCCAUAAAGUGGUAUUAUUCAGAAUAUGCGAGAGCCCGAAAGGAAACUGAUCUUAAUUCUGCUCUAAACAGAACUUCAGAAGAAGAGGUGCAGGUGAUGAUUAAUUAGAAGCAGUUUUUCACAGCACAACUUGAUGAUUACCUAAGAUUAGGUUGAGUCUCGGUUGCCGACUCCAAUAUUGCAGUAAUUAAGAGGUGAUUGAAGGCAUCAAGAAUGGGUGGAGAUGAAUGUGUCCGGAUUUUAUUACGUGUGAUUGUGUUUAGAAAAAAUGAAAAAAAAAUGUUGUUGUACCUAGUUGAAGAUGAAUGUGCCCCUAUUUUAUUAGGUGUGAUUGUGUUUUCAAAAAGAAAAAAUAAAAAAAAAAAUUGUGUUGUUCUUCCUAGUUGAAGAUGAAAUACAUUAUUAACUAUUUGUAUUAUGUAAUGUGUGAGAUUAAAAGUGAUGAACGGCCAUGAAUAUUGAUUGAAGGCUGUAUCACUAAAUAUUCACUGUGGUGUAUUAGCAU